AUGGCUGCCAAGAAACAUCGUUUGUACGGCCCGGACCACGCUGAACCCGAACCCGAACCCGCACAGCCGACAACCUCAGUUGAGAACACAAAAUCUAUUCCUCUCCCAAACGAAAUCGUCUCUCUCAUCGCCGAUUCAGUUCAAGAUCUUAUCCCAUUGACUCUAGUCUCGCGUCAAUGGUAUCACGCCGCACAGUCUCGCCUUCACUGGCAAAUCCGUGUUUCCUCCGGAGCAUCCUGCAAACAUUGGAGUAAAAAAUUCAAAAAGUUUCCGCAUCUAGCAAGUUUUGUUCGAGUCUUGGAGCUCUCCGACCCCGAAGACGAUUGCCUAGAAUCCCCCUAUUUGCGAGGCCAACCCGCGAAACGACUUGCAGCAGCUCUUCUUACAGGCGUGACACGACUCGAAAUAGUCGAUUUCGUACGUUGGGGGCCUGUCGAACAGAGACUCAUCAAGAGUUUUUGUAAUCUGGAGUGCCUUUUCUGUUGGUCGAAUCCCAUGCAUGAGUCGGAGCAAGGAUUUGCCUGA